CGGGCUGAGCUGAGUUGAUCUGCCAGCUUUCACAUGCUCGCCAAACCUAAAGCCCGCGGCCGGGUCCUUGUUCGAGAGCCCAUCGCCGGCGGUCGCUUGGCCAACCGACGCCAUCUUCACGUUCGCGAGUCCUUGUUCACGCCCUCGUCGCGCGCACGUGCGCUUUUGGUGUGGGGAAGCGCAGACCCCUCCUCUGGACAAGCACGAGGGCCUCUGCGCAGGCCAAGCGGCUAGUCGCUCGUUGACUCGGUGGAGGUAUAAUAGCCUUCUCUCCUCCUCUCUCUUCCUCUUCCCAUUCCUAUCACCCUUCUUCCUUCAAUUGCCUUCUUCUCAACUCACAAUGUCUGUCCCUGCUACAAUCAACUUCAACGAUCCCUCGGUCACCGUCAAGGUCACCUUGAAGCAGAACAAGGACCUCUCUUCCGCCGUCGACGAUGUCCUCAAAGUCCAGGGCGUCUCCUGGAUCGUCCGCAACGCGCUCAAACUCGCCCCAAUCACCCUCAAACUCCAAUUCUUCACCGACACCGAAGGCCUAGUCCGCCUCGACAUCGAACAACUUCUCCCCGCCGGCGCCAAAUCAGAAGAACCCCGCAUCCUCGACAACGAAGAGCGCGCGCGCGUCUCCUCCGUCUUUGGCCCCGUCGUCGCGCGCUCGGAAUUCACCACCGCCGACGAAGCCGCGAAGAUCAGCCCGUUCCUCGCCCAGGGAUGGGACGCCGACGCAAAGCUUAUCUUUGCAUACGCAAAAGGCGAUCUUUCGCAGCCCAAGAGCUACGAGUGGGAAUCGUUCCAGACCUUUGGGUUCACUGAUAUCGAGGUCGACGAGGGCAAGUUUGAGCGAAAGUACGUCGUCAGACUGUAUUUCACUUCAAAGUCUUUGAAGGAGCCGCUCACGAAGCGGUUAGUGUACGAUUUUGUUGAACUUGGUGUUUGAUUUCGUUUUAUUCCCGUGUCUUUAUUUUGAUUCAUUUUUGGUUCUUGUGUAUUUUUUUGGUUAUGAUGUCUACCUGUCUUUUA